AUGUCGGACACUGAAUCUAUUAAAAAGAUAUUGAGGGCUGUCCUCCAGUCUUCCAAGACCGGUGUGCCUCUUAGUCGCCUGCAGUCAGACUAUCGCUCCUUAAGUGGGGAGUUCAUCCCUCUGGGAAAGCUGGGCUUCUCAAAGCUGGAAGACUUCCUCCGAAGCAUUCCCUCUGUGGUGAGGCUUGAGAACUCCAUGGGACAGCUGAGAUGCUUUGCUGUUGUGUGCGAUGACACGGCUGGCAUUGCUCAGCUGGUUGCCAGACAGAGGAGCUCAAAGAAAUCUGGGAGCUCCCAGGUCGUCAACUGCAAGAUGAGAUACAAACCCUUCAAUCCCUACAUGGUUAACGUCACUCCAAGAUCUUCUCUCCGCCAGCCAUCUGCUGGAAAAUAUUCUAAUUGGACAGCAGACCGCUCGGCGCCCCGCAGUGGCUGCAGUGCCUCUGGAGACUAUAGGCUGUUGGACAGAAACUUGAGCUUGAUCACCCCUGUUGAACAUAGAGCACCAUCUCUACCACCUGCUGCAAAGAAGGACUUCUCAACUAACAGGGGAGGAAAUUCUGCUGUGAACCCUGUAAACAAGAUUCCCAGAGCAGAUCCUCCAACGGAAGAAACAGUUCCUCUAUCUUCCCAGGACACUGAGGUUGCUCUGGAUCCAUAUGAUGUGGAAAUGGUGCAGAGCAGGGUGAAACAGCUGUUGGAGAGCUGCCCUUACGGGGUGUGGAUGUCCAAGCUGCCAAGUAAAUACAAUGAGAUGUUCUGUCAGAAGCUUCAUCCUCAGGCUCUGGUUGAUUUGGAGAGGUGGCCACAUGUUUGUAUGGUGGAGAAAGCUUGUAUAACUAACCACAGUGACAGACUCAUCUACCCCCCCCUGCCUUCCAAAUCCCCUACCAGCCCUGCUAACUGCACCAGCUCCUCUUCAGGAUCCUCAUCCUCCAAUCAGCAUAGUGGAAUGUUGCCCCCUUUAACUGCUAAAGCUCCUGCAGGCAAAGUUCUGCCGUCAGUGACGUUACGCAGCCCCGCCCCAAACCCUGCUCUGCCCUCCCGACUUCCUCAUUGCACAGUCUCUGCAAAGGAUAACUGUGAAAGGAGCAUUUUGCCCACAGACACUCCUUGUAGAAAGACACGCUCCUUAGCCCCUACCUGGCCUGCCAGCACUUCCUCUGCCUCUUCUUUACUCCAGGCUGACCGGGACGUUUUACCGCUCUUGAAAGCCACGUUCAGUUCACCUUCCGCCUCUGCUCCUACUUCUCCCUUGAAACCUUGUCCUGUCGCGCUCUCCGAUGAGGUGCGUCAAAAAUUAAAGGACCUUCUUUCAAAGUGCAGUCAAGGUCUGUGGGCUGAUGCAUUGCCCAAAUGUUUUAUGGACGUGUACAAGAUGCCGUUCCCUGAAGAGAUUCUGGAUAACCUGUCAGUUUUGUGUGGUGUCUGUACGGUCGAGUACCCCUUCCCACAAAACAAGAAGAAGGCCAUUCUGUAUAACUUCUGCCAAGAUGACAUGAGCGUUACUAACAGCCAGCAGACCAGAAACAACCCACUACCCUCUGGAUUGGAGACACUGGGCCCUGUGGUUCCUCCACCUCUGACCCAUCCCACUGAACACUGUCCUUCAGUGUUGGUCACCGAGGCCAAUAACACCACAGCUAUCACCAUCCGGUAUGUUGGUGACAACUACUCAAAUGCUCAGAAAACCAUGGAGGAUAUGAUGCAAACCUUCUACAGCCAAAACUCCAGGAGACAUCCUGUCUCUAACCCAGAGGUUGGUCAGCUGGUGGCAGUAAAAGUGGAAGAAGGAGACGAGAUGGCCAGAGCACAGGUGAUGGAGGUCAUGACCUCCAACAUGGUGAAGGUGUUUUAUAUGGACUAUGGCUUCUCUGUAGAGACCAGUAGGGAUACUCUGUUGCAGCUUCAUCGGGACUUUCUGUCUUUGCCCUUCCAGGCUACAAAUGUCAGCCUUGCAGGAUUGGAAGCUGUCAGCUCCCAUCCAAAGGUGCUCUCCACUUUGGGUUCAGUGGCAGUUGAAAAGAUUCUGCGGAUGGAAACCUUAAGGCCGUGUCAACAGAACGAGAUGCCCACAGUGGUUCUUUAUGAUACCUCACAAGAUGAGGAUGUGAACAUCAACUCCAUGUGCCUGAAGGUUCUACAGGAUGAUACAAUGAACAAUCCUCUGAGGGAGAAUGUUGUUUAUAAGGAUGUGCAGGUGUCAAGCGUGUGUGCAGAUGGGAGCAUUUUCUGCCAGCUGCCCUCUAGAGGAACAGUCAGGUUAACAAAGUUACUGGAAGGCAUGGAAGCAUUUUUUGCAUCCCAGAACACAUCAGAGUCCCUGGUUUUCAGACCCUUCAGCGGCAUGUUCUGUGUGGCCAGUUACAAAGGUCAAUGGGCCAGAGCUGAGAUUACAUAUGUGCGCGAUAACAGAGUGUUGGAUAUUCUCUUCAUUGACUUGGGGAUCCCAGCUACUGUUAUAUUCAUGGAUGUGCGUGGGGUCCCUCGACACUUUUUGAAGGAUUUUGUCAUCAUCCCACCACAGGCUAUUAAAUGUCGACUGGCUGACCUCCCUAUUCCAGAAGAAGGCUGGAGUCAUGAAGACCUUUUGUUGUUGAAGGAGACUGUUGUUGGAGCAAAGGAGCUCAAAAUGAAGAUAUCAAAAGUAGAAGAGUACAAGGGAGAAAAGGUGAUCUUCAUGCAUCUCUUUGAUGGUCACAGUCAGGAGUUACACCAAAGCCUCAACCAUCAGCUCAGGGAGAAAGUUUUAUCAAGGGACAAAAACGCAAUCCCUGCCUCUGACGGCAACGCUGUGGACACGGAUCUCACUGCUCUAAUGGAGAGGUUGAACCUAAGCAGCCCGGUCCUUAAUCCCAUCAUCAAUGCCUUGCCUGUACUACAAGGUGAAGGUGUUGCCAUGGCACCUGGAGUGCAGCCACUAAUGUUACCCCCUCCACUGGACCUUCCCCAGCCUGGUCAAAACAUGGAUGUCUUUGUACCAGUUGCUUGCCACCCAGGUUACUUUGUGGUACAGCCUUGGCAAGACCUCCAUAAGUUGGUGGUGUUGAUGGGAGAAAUGGCCCUUUACUACAACCAGAGCAGAAGUAUAAGCAAGAUGCCGCCCAUCCAGAAAGGACACGUCUAUGCUGCCAAAUUUGACAAGAAUUGGCACCGUGUUCAGGUGAAAGGAAUUUUGACCAAUGGGUUGGUUUCCGUCUAUGACUUGGACUACGGUAAACACGAGCUUGUCCCCCGCACUCUAAUCCAGCCUCUGAUAGAGGAAUUCAGACAGCUGCCCUUCCAGGCUAUUACUGCCCAACUAGCAGGUGUGACGCAGCGUCAGUGGUCAGAGGAGGCUGCUGUGAUGUUCAGGAGUCAUGUAGAGAAACGAGCGCUGGUAGCACAGGUGGAGAGUGUGCAGGACGUGUCGGAGGCUGAAAGCGAGCUGUCAGAGCGCAGGCUGACACUUUACCUGGUGGACACUUCAUUUGAGGAGGAUGUGUGGAUUCACAACCUCAUGACUUACAUUUCAGGAUAAGAUCUCCUGUGCUUUGUUUACUCUUAAC